UUAAAAACAUCGAAGGAAAAUAAGUCGAAUUUUAAUGUUGAGAAAAAAAAGUUGAGAAAAAGAGAAGAGAAACGAUGCAAUUGUUACGAACGAUAUAUCAUUUUUUGACGUCGUGCGCUUGUUGGCGACCACCGUUCUUGUCCCCAUUAAAAAACUUCGCGUAUACAGUUUACUAUUGCUAUGUGAUCCUAUUGAUAUACGGAGCCACGUUUUGCCAAUUCGUCGAUUUGUUAUUAAUCGUGGAGACCGAGGAUGAAUUUUGCGACAAUUUUUACCUUACAUUGGCAAUUUUUAUCUCGUGCCACAAGAUGUACAGCAUGCUGGUCAAUCGUGAAAAUAUCAUCCUGAUAACUAGCAUGCUGGAAAGCAAACCGUUCCAGCCUGAGACAGAGGAAGAGAUGAAUAUGCGAGACAAAUGCGACAAGCAGGCCAGAUUGAACGCGAUUUAUUACGCAAUUCUAGUCGAAUUGUCAGUGAUGUCGUUGUCAUUCGGCGGCCUGCUCAAAACUGAGAGUCACAAGCUACCGUAUCGAAUGUGGUUACCCUACAAUUAUACCUCCUUAUCUGCGUAUACUUUCAUUUACACUCAACAAGUCGUAAGUCUGAUCGUUAGUGCUAUGAUACACGUGGCCUGCGACAGCUUCAUCUGGGCCUUGUUGAUGCACAUCUGCAGUCAGAUCGAGAUUUUUAAUUGUCGGUUAAAAAAGAUCAAGCACGAAAAGAAUAAAGUUACGAAAUUGUGCAUACAUUAUCAUAAUCUUAUAUAUCGAUUGGCUACGACGAUAAACGAACAGUUUAAAAUGGUGAUUUUCGUUCAAUUCACAGUGAGUACGUUAACGAUAUGCGUUAAUCUUUAUAUAUUAAUGGGAACACAAAUUACAAUCGAGAGGAUUAUACAAUUAGCGAUAUACAGUAGCUGUAUGUUAACGCAAAUAUAUAUUUUCUGCUGGUACGGGAACGAAGUUAAGCUUAAGAGUCUCGAUAUUUCUAACAUGAUUUUCGAACUUGAUUGGCCGGAUCUCGAUAAUACCACUAAACGUGACUUGUUGAUGAUCAUGAUGCGUGCAUCGUAUCCAAUCGAAAUGACUAGCGUUCAUGUGGUUGCCAUGAAUCUCGAUUCAUUUGUGAUCCUGUUAAAAACUUCAUAUUCAGCGUACAAUCUGCUUCAAAUAUUCGUGAGAUCGUUCUUCACGGAUUUCAAAAAGAGAAAACUGACCUUUCGAGCUUGGCUGCCGUACGAUUAUUCGGAAUUGUUACCAUUCACGUUGAGUUACGCUCACCAAGCGACAACUUCAAUGUUCUGCUCUUGUCAGAACAUUUCAUGCGACACUCUGUUCGGUGGUUUUUUGGUACAAAUUUAUUGCCAAUUCGAAAUACUGGAGGAACGUCUGAAAAAUGUUCAACAAGACGAAUCUAAUUAUUCGGCGAAACAAUGCGUUAAACAUUAUCAUCAAAUAUACAAAUUCUCUAGAACGUUGAACGAGAAAUUCAAGGUAAUACUCUUCUUGCAAUUUUGCGCGAUCGCGUUCAUACUCUGUUUCAAUCUCUAUCGAAUGACCACUAUAACGAUGAUUCCUAAAUUAUUGGAAGCGUCUCUGUAUUUAAUUCGCGUUUUAGUUCAGAUAUUGUACUAUUGUUGGUUCAGUAACGAAGUCAAAUUAAAGAGUCUCGAGGUGCCUGGCAUGAUAUUUAAAAGCGAUUGGACAUCGUGGGAUGACAAGACGAAAAAAAUCUUUCUAAUAAUCAUGACACGAGCGACACAACCUUUCGAAUUUACCAGUGGCUAUUUGGUGACGUUGAACCUUGAAUUUUUCGUGGCGCUAAUAAAAGCUUCGUAUUCCGUCUUUAAUUUAUUGCAACGAACUAAAUGA